UUCCUUCCGCGUCGGGGAACCCGUCCUAGCGCCUGCGCAGAAGCGCGUGCUGGGAGCUCGUCGCGGAGGCGGGGGGCACAGGGAGCGGGAGCUGCGGCCGUCGCCGCCGCCGCCGCUGCCACCGCCGGAGCUAAGCGCGGGGACCGAGAUGCAGGUGGGACCGGAACCGGAAUCCCCCUCUUCAAGUGCCUCUUUCCUCUCCGGACUCGACCCUGUCGUCUGAGAAGCUUGGGCGGGGGUGGGCGUGGGGGAUCGGUGUUGGAGGGGUGCUUGGCUCCCGAGAGGGUAGCAGAUAGUUAGUCCCUCGGAGGCUCCGGCCCAGGGGCAUGUGGAGGGUGUCCAACGAUUAGGAUCGGGUCCGAGUGAUUGACCACGGGGCCCGGAGGGUCCGAACCUGGAGCGCAGCCUGCACCCUCCACCACCCGCCCUUCUGGAAUGUCAGAACUAAGCCAAGAGGCAGGUGCACCGGAAAAUUGUGACUGAGCCUUCUUGGCAGAAGAGAAACUGAGUCACCAGUCCAGGAACCGCAGGCUGUUGGCGCUCACCUCGAGUCUUCUGGCUGCUUUCCUAUUUGCUCCCUGCAGGCUCCCCCUGUCCUCCUCCUGGGGCACAUCAUGAAUGGUGCCCCUUCCCCGGAGGAUGGGGUCUUCCCUUCUCCACCAGCGCUGCCACCACCCCCUCCCCCAAGUUGGCAGGAGUUCUGUGAGUCCCAUGCGAGGGCUGCUGCCCUGGAUCUUGCUCGCCGUUUUCGCCUCUAUCUGGCCUCCCACCCACAAUAUGCAGAGCCAGGAGCAGAGGCUGCCUUUUCUGGCCGUUUUGCUGAGCUCUUCCUGCAGCACUUCGAAGCUGAGGUGGCUCGGGCCUCGGGCUCACUCUCCCCACCUGUCUUGGCUCCAUUGAGCCCUGGUGUGGAAAUCCCACCACCACAUGACCUGUCCCUUGAGAGCUGCAGGGUGGGUGGGCCCCUGGCAGUGUUGGGCCCGUCUCGAUCUUCUGAGGACCUGGCUGGCCCCCUUCCUUCCUCAGUCUCUUCCUCUACAACGUCCUCAAAGCCGAAGCUCAAGAAACGCUUCUCCCUCCGCUCAGUGGGUCGUUCAGUCAGAGGUUCUGUCCGAGGCAUCCUGCAGUGGCGGGGGGCCGUUGACUCUCCCUCCCAAGCUGGGCCUCUGGAGACCACAUCAGGUCCUCCAGUUCUAGGUGGAAACAGCAACUCCAACUCCUCUGGUGGUGCUGGGACAGUUGGUAGGGCACUGGCCAACGAUGGCACAUCCCCUGGGGAGAGAUGGACUCAUCGCUUUGAGAGGCUGAGGCUAAGUCGUGGAGGGGGAACCUUGAGAGACGGAGCAGGAGUGAUACAGAGAGAAGAGCUGCUGAGUUUCAUGGGGGCUGAAGAGGCUGCCCCUGACCCAGCAGGAGUAGGUCGUGGAGGAGGGGCAGCUGGGCUGACCUCGGGAGGAGGAGGGCAGCCUCAGUGGCAGAAAUGUCGCUUACUGCUCCGGAGUGAAGGAGAAGGAGGAGGAGGAAGUCGCUUGGAGUUCUUUGUACCACCCAAGGCAUCCCGGCCCCGUCUUAGCAUUCCCUGUUCUACUAUUACUGAUGUCCGCACAGCCACAGCCCUGGAGAUGCCGGACAGGGAGAACACGUUUGUGGUUAAGGUAGAAGGCCCUUCAGAGUACAUCCUGGAGACAACUGAUGCACUUCAUGUGAAGGCCUGGGUGUCUGACAUCCAAGAGUGCCUAAGCCCAGGACCCUGCCCUGCUAUCAGCCCCCGUCCCAUGACCCUUCCCCUGGCCCCUGGGACCUCCUUCCUCACAAAGGAUAACACAGAGAGCCUGGAGUUGCCCUGCCUGAAUCAUUCAGAGAGUCUGCCUAGCCAGGAUCUUCUUCUGGGACCCAGCGAGAGUAACGACCGCCUGUCGCAGGGAGCUUAUGGAGGCCUCUCAGACCGGCCGUCAGCGUCCUUCUCCCCUAGUUCUGCCUCCAUUGCUGCUUCCCAUUUUGACUCAAUGGAACUGCUUCCUCCAGAGUUGCCCCCUCGAAUUCCCAUUGAGGAGGGGCCUCCAGCAGGGACAGUUCAUCCCCUCUCUACCCCGUACCCUCCCCUGGAUACUCCUGAAGCAGCCACAGGGUCAUUCCUCUUUCAAGGGGAGGCAGAGGGGGGUGAGGGGGACCAGCCCCUCUCAGGCUACCCUUGGUUCCACGGCAUGCUCUCUCGGCUCAAAGCUGCCCAGUUAGUGUUAGAAGGAGGUACCAGCUCCCAUGGUGUCUUCUUGGUACGCCAGAGUGAGACAAGACGUGGUGAAUAUGUCCUCACUUUCAACUUCCAGGGCAAGGCUAAGCACCUGCGUUUGUCACUAAAUGAGGAGGGUCAGUGCCGGGUCCAACAUCUGUGGUUCCAGUCCAUUUUCGAUAUGCUUGAGCACUUCCGGGUGCACCCCAUCCCUCUGGAGUCUGGAGGCUCCAGUGAUGUUGUCCUUGUCAGCUAUGUGCCCUCCCAGCGGCAGCAGGGUGAGCAGAGCAGGUCUCCAGGGGAGGAGGUGCCCGUGCACCCAAGAAGUGAGAACGGAGCACCUCCCGUGAUCCAACCCAGCCCUCUGAACCCCCUCCAUGGACAGAUCCCCCACAUCCUGGGGCAGAAGAGGCGUCGGGGGCGCCAGAAGUGGCGGCAGCCACAGCCGCAGCAGCCAAAGAGAGGCAAGAGAAGGAGAAAGCGGGCGGCGGAGGGGUCCAGGAAGAGCUGGUCCCCAUGGCUGAGCUGGUCCCCAUGGCUGAAUUGGAAGAGGCCAUAGCACCAGGCACUGAGGCUCAGGGUGGUGCUGGCUCUAGUGGGGACUUGGAGGUGUCCCUAAUGGUACAGCUCCAGCAGUUACCACUAGGGGGCAACGGAGAAGAAGGGGGUCACCCCCGAGCCAUUAAUAACCAGUACUCAUUUGUCUGAGAUACCUGCCCACCCUCCAUUUUCCUGCUCCCAGCCUUAAGUUGUGAGACUGGGCUGGGUAAGAACACAGAGGAAAGUGGGAGUCCCCUCCCUACAUGCUUCCUGACCCUUGUCAGCCAAGGGUGUGUAUGUUGGUACAAGUAGAGGUUCAAGAGCCCUGUUAAGUCCCCAGUUACUACACUACAGGUGCCCUUGCCCCGAGCCAAGGACUUGGGCUCUAUUACCUCCCUGAGGGGCUCUUAUGGUCAGCCCCAUCCCUGGGGGCUGUUUCCCCCACUAAUAACCCCCAACCCAAGCAAGGGUGAGGGGGAAGGGCUGUCAGUUAUAUUAAGGUUGUUGUUGUUGUUUUAAACAAAAUGGAAAAGCAUAAAUAAAUAAAGGGUUUAUCUCAGUUCCAUCACGA